AUGGAUUACUAUGCAAUUGGCCUGUUUCUUAUUCUCUUUGUUGCUUGUGGAUAUGCUGAUGAAAUCCCAUUCGAUCGAAACUACUCUCCUGUGUGGGGUGGUGAUCAUGUCAUCGUUCUUGAUCAGGGUAAGGAAGUCGAACUGCUAAUAGACGAACACUCAGGAGCUGGAUUCAAUUCAAAACAGGAUUUCGGUUCUGGAUAUUUUCGAAUGUUAACUUCAAUCCCAAUUGGUGAAGAUGCAACAAACCAUGAUGAGCUUGAUUUCGAGUUCUUGGGAGGCAAUGGUCCCAUGGCUUACAGAUUGAAUACCAAUGUGUAUGCAAAUGACCAGGGACAUAGGGAGCAACAAUUUUGCCUUUGGUUUGAUCCUAGUGCAGAUUUUCACACAUAUGAACUUGUUUGGAACCAGCACCAGAUAGUGUUUUUUAUAGACGGGAUACCAAUAAGAGUGUUCAGAAACAACACAAAAAUAGGAGUGAGUUAUCCUUCAAAAUCCAUGCACAUAGAAGCAAGCAUAUGGAAUAGCACUGCAUGGCAAGGACGAGUAGAUUGGAGUCAAGGGCCCUUCGUUGCUCAUUAUCAAGGAUUUUCAAUUGACGGGUGCAUGUAUAACGACUCUGAUCCGGAGGCAUGCUAUUCCACGACCUAUUAUUGGAAUGCAGCUAAAUAUUGGAAACUCAAUCCUCACCAACAAAGAUGCUAUCAAGAUGUUAGAGGCAAGUUCAUGGUUUAUGACUACUGUUCCAAUAACCCGAAGAAUUUCCCAGAGUGCUUAACUGAUAUCCCAGUAGAAGAGCAUAUUCAAGAGGAUAUGAGCAACAUGGGUUUUUAUAAUUGUACAGUGAAUCAUGUCGAUCCACCAUCAAAUUCAGGUAGGGCGAGAACCUCUACACUUAGGAAAGGGACAGCCAGCUUUCUUCCAACUGAACAUGACUUUCACUAUAGAGGAGAUGGAUUUGGUUAUAAACAUGGAGAGAUUGACAAGGGUUUUGACGUUUCAAAAACCAGAAAUCCUGUAACGGUCAAAGAAAAUGCUGAGUUUAAUAUCUCAAAAUCAAAAGAAUUCAUGAAUAAAAUAAUAAAAGGUCAGGAGCUGCGGCGGGAGCAAAAUAAUUAUUUGGGAAUGAAAUAUUUGACCUUACCAGAGGCUAGAAAAGUGGUUAUCAGUGUUCCUGGAGUCCCAGGUACAUCAUCAUCAGUAAAGAAUACAAUAAAAUGUUGCAACAAUGAUAAAGAAACAAUACUUGUUUCGAGGAAUGUAUAG